AUGCAGGAAAUGGUCGACCGGCUGGGGAUCGAAUCGGUGGAGAUGCUGGAGAGGAAGUACGGGGGUCCGUUUGUGUCUCGGCGGGCAGCGAGGACGAUCCAGACGGCGUUCAGGCAGUACCGCAUGAACAAGAACUUUGAACGCCUCCGAAGCUCCGCCUCCGAGAGCAGGAUGACCCGCCGCAUCAUCCUGUCCAACAUGAGGAUGCAGUACUCCUUUGAUGAGCGUCAGCCGCAGGGUCAGGGGUCAGGAGGUCAGCGGGGGUCAGAUGACACUGGAGACGACUCCUUCUCUAAACAGGUGAAGUCUCUAGCCGACUCCAUGGACGACUCCCUCACCUGCCAGUCGGGCCGUGAAGACUCCCAAGAAGCGGGAGGAGAGGGGGAAGACGAGGAGGAGGACUACAGGGAGUGCCCGUGGCGCAACGCUAACACGUCCUCCAGACGCAUGGCGGGCCGAGUGGGAGGCGUGGGCGGAGGUGCCGCCAUGCACGAGGACAGCACCGCCACCUCCUUCAGCGACGUCACCCUCUACAUGGACGAAGGCUGCAUGCCCUCCUCGCCGCUGUCCCGCCCCGCCUCCAGCACCGACACAGAGUACUGGGGAGAAGGGGGAAGAGGGGGUCCAGGGGGGAGGGAGGACAGCAGGGAGACGGAGGGAGGUAGCAGUAACAGCCGCAGGAGCAGCACCCCCUGCACUGAGUGUCGAGUGGAGUACAGAGGGAGGGCAGGAGGAGGGGGAGGAGGAGGAGGAGGAGGAGGAGGAGGAGGGGGACACCUUCCCGUCCUGACCAUAGAACCGCCCAGUGACAGCUCAGUGGACAUGAGUGACAGGUCGGAGCGAGGAUCCAUCGGACGCCUCGUGUACGAACAAGAUCCGUCAGGAGGACAGACCCGUUCCCCCGCCAACGUCCCGCUACCGAUGCCUUCAGCCCGAACCCUGCCCUCUCACCCGCUGCCUCACCCGCUCCAACACACCCACUCACACCCCCACACUCACCCUCCACCCAUCCCCCACCUACCCACUGUCCUGCACCACCACCCGCAGUACAGCCAGCCUCACCCCAUGCACAUGCACCACGUGCACGGCGGCGUUCCCUACAUGCAGCACGCUCACCACUUCGCCCAGCACCACUACCACCACCUGCACCACCAACACCAACAGCACCAACACCAACAACACCAACACCACCACGGCUACCCAGAACCCCCCUCCUCCCCUCUGCCCUCCCCUGUCCCUCCUCUCACCCCUCUCUCACCCCUGCCUCCCCCCCUCACGCCCUCCCCUCUGUCCUCCUCCUCCUCUUCAGCGCUCCAGAACAUGGAGGUGCAGCAGCAGCACCUCGCCCACCACCCUCACCUCCACCACCACCACCACCUCCUUUGCUCGGACGGAGACAACGAGAGCGUCAACUCCACCACCACCAACUCCAACGACGACACCACCGUCAACAACUGCAGCUCGGGCUCCUCGUCGCGGGACAGCCUGCGGGAGCCGAUAGGAGGAGCCACGCUGGGGAAGCAGACCUAUCAGAGGGAGAGCCACCACAGCUGGGACUCCCCCGCCUUCAACAACGACGUGGUGCAGCGGCGGCAAUAUCGCAUCGGACUCAACCUGUUCAACAAAAAGCCGGAGAAGGGGAUCCAGUACCUGAUCGAGAGGGGCUUUGUGUCAGACACACCUGUCGGCAUCGCGAGGUUCAUCCUGGAGAGGAAAGGUCUGAGCCGGCAGAUGAUCGGGGAGUUCCUGGGCAGCCGGCAGCAGUUCAACAAAGACGUCCUCGACUGUGUCCUGGAUGAGAUGGAUUUCUCAGGGAUGGAUCUGGACGACGCUCUGAGGAAGUUUCAGGCUCAGAUUAAAGUUCAGGGUGAAGCUCAGCGGGUGGAGCGGCUCGUGGAGGCCUUCAGUCAGCGGUACUGUGUUUGUAACCCGGUGCUGAUCCGGCAGUUCCAGAAUCCAGACACCAUCUUCAUCCUGGCCUUUGCAAUCAUCCUCCUCAACACGGACAUGUACAGCCCCAACGUGAAGCCGGAGAGGAAGAUGAAGCUGGAGGACUUCAUCAAGAACUUGCGGGGCGUUGAUAACGGUCAGGACAUCCCUCGAGACCUCCUGGUGGCGAUCUAUGGAAGGAUCCAGAAAUGGGAGUUGAGGACCAACGACGACCACGUGUCUCAGGUCCAGGCGGUGGAGAGGAUGGUGGUCGGGAAGAAGCCGGUGCUGUCACUGCCUCAUCGUAGGUUGGUGUGCUGCUGUCAGCUGUUUGAGGUUCCCGAUCCGAACCGAGCUCAGAGGAGCGGCAUCCAUCAGAGAGAAGUCUUCCUGUUCAACGACCUACUCAUGGUGACGAAGAUCUUCCAGAAGAAGAAGACUUCUGUCACGUACAACUUCAGACAGUUCCCUCUGUUGGACAUGCAGGUCCACACCUUCCAGAACACCU